GGAGGGGGGCGGGACCGCGCGGGGCGGCGAGCCCGGGAUGACCGCCUAAGGCCUGGGAGAAACGCUGGUGGGAGGCUCGGGCGGGUGCCGGCGCCCGCGGCGCAGGCCGUGCUCGCCCCGCAGCCACCACCCGCCCGGUGACCAUGAUAGAUGGCUACUUUUGAUUAGAGCAUCCUGUCAACAUUCAACCUGGCCCAGCCUGCAGCGCCAAGCCACCACUGAAGUUGCUCUCAGUUCCCUCCCUCACAGAUACUGAGGUACUUUUGGAUGCUAGUGUUUGUCAGGUUCAACUCCAGUCAUGGUUUCCCAGUGGAGGUCGAUUCUGACACCAGCAUCUUCCAGCUCAAGGAAGUGGUUGCUAAGAGACAGGGGGUUCCAGCUGACCAGCUGCACGUGAUUUUUGCUGGGAAGGAGCUUCAGAAUGACCUGACAGUGCAGAACUGUGACCUGGAGCAGCAGAGCAUUGUCCACAUAGUUCAGAGACCAGGGAGAAAACAUCAUGAGACACAGGCAUCUGGAGAGGACAAGCCCCAGGACACCCCAGGGGGCUCGGCGUGGGGGCCCAGGAGCUUGACCAGGGUGGACCUCAGCAGCCACAUCCUGCCAGCAGACUCCGUGGGACUGGCGGUCAUUCUGGAUACAGACAGCAGGCGGGAUUCAGAAGCCGCCAGAGGUCCAGCAGUCAAACCUACCUAUAACAGCUUUUAUGUGUACUGCAAAGGCCCCUGCCACAGAGUCCAGCCUGGAAAGCUCCGAGUUCAGUGCGGCACCUGCAGACAAGCAACCCUCACCUUGGCCCAGGGUCCGUCUUGCUGGGAAGAUGUCUUAAUUCCAAACCGGAUGAGUGGCGUAUGCCAAUCUCCAGACUGCCCUGGAACCAGAGCAGAAUUUUUCUUUAAAUGCGGAGCGCACCCAACCUCUGACAAGGACACGUCUGUCGCUUUGUACCUGAUCACCAGUAACCGCCGCAGCAUCGCCUGCAUAGCGUGCACAGAUGUCAGGAGCCCUGUCCUGGUCUUCCAGUGUACCCACCGCCACGUGAUCUGCCUGGACUGCUUCCACCUGUACUGUGUCACAAGACUCAACGAUCGUCAGUUUGUCCAUGACGCUCAGCUUGGCUACUCCCUGCCAUGUGUAGCUGGCUGUCCCAACUCCUUGAUUAAAGAGCUCCAUCACUUCAGGAUUCUUGGAGAAGAGCAGUACAACAGGUACCAGCAGUAUGGCGCCGAGGAGUGUGUGCUGCAGAUGGGCGGCGUGCUGUGCCCCCGUCCUGGCUGCGGAGCUGGGCUACUGCCUGAACAGGGCCAGAGGAAAGUCACCUGUGAAGGAGGCAACGGCCUGGGCUGCGGGUUUGUCUUCUGCCGGGACUGUAAGGAAGCUUACCACGAAGGUGAAUGUGACUCGCUGUUCGAGGCCUCGGGCGCUACCCCUCAGGCCUACCGAGUAGACAAAAGGGCCGCUGAGCAAGCUCGCUGGGAGGAGGCCUCUAAGGAAACCAUCAAGAAAACCACUAAGCCCUGUCCUCGCUGCAAUGUCCCAGUUGAAAAAAACGGAGGGUGUAUGCACAUGAAGUGUCCGCAGCCUCAGUGCAGACUGGAAUGGUGCUGGAACUGCGGCUGUGAGUGGAACCGAGCCUGCAUGGGUGAUCACUGGUUCGACGUGUAGAGGGACUGCACUCAGGCACUGCUCCUGACCACACCCCGCACGGGAAACACGUGGACGCCUACCUUCUUAGCCGUUUCAUCUUCCCUGGCCAUAUAAGCACAUACAUGACGCACACGCACAAACACAGGCUGCAGAUUACAGAUGCGGUCUCUAGAUCUUUUCUCAGGCACCCACGGAAACCUGCAGCGCCCGCGCGCCGCUGGGCACCCAGGGAGAGGUGCUUUCAGGGCCUGGCGGAUGCAAAUGUCCGCGCUGGGAAGAGAGUACAGCCCCUUGUCUUGGAUUCCCGUCCCAGCAGGAAUCCAGCCGGAUGGUCACGUGGGCUGGGCUUUUCCAGGUUUAACUUCCCAACUUCACCUUCACUAAAUCCACGUAGAAAGCCGUGGGCGAAGCCAUAGCUCUCCAUGGCUGAUACCACGCUCUGUGUAAGUUAGACUGCCGUGGAGUCUCAGGAGCGCUCUCCGAGACCGUGAGGAACAGGGUGCUUACUCAGCAAUCACCUAUUCCCAGGGGGCCCUCCCGGGCAAUCGUCAAACAUACUUGUUUAUCCCCAAGAAUCCUAUCUUUAUAAAUGGUGCUGAUGAGAUGACAGCUCGCGGCAUACAAAUCAACUUAUCAACCAAGUGCGAAACUGGGAAACAUAAUUUGAAUGCAAACUGUUUGAAUUACAGGGAGGGCACCGAAGCGGAACCCACUUCCACACGCUUAAUUACCUGCAACUUUAGAAAUUGUUACAAAGUCUGGUUUGAAGGACUCAUACUGCAGCCUGGAAGUUUAAGCCCGUGCAUUUGUCUUCACUGUAAACUUAAUAGAGAAAGUGCCUAUAAAGGGGACUUUUUUUAAAGAAACAAUCCCAUGAUGCUAUUCCAACGCUAACAGCAGUGCAUGCCGGGUUUAUAUUUAUGGGAUACGCAGCAUUUCUAGAUCAGCUACACGAAAACAUGCCUGACCCUCCAUCAGAAGGGGAGACACCUCUGUGUACCCACUCCCUAGGUCCCAGGGAGUCCCAUGCACCCAGUGGUCCUACAGGCAGGGCCUUUUAUGCAGGACAAUUAGCACACUAGAAUAUUCCUUAGGUAAACACACAUCACAUUUGAAUGUUAAGUUUUCAAGAUUUUAUCUUUUUCCUGUUGUGUUUGGUUUGGUUUGGUUUGGUUUGGGAGGCAAUCAUAACAUAUAAAACCGUUUCCACUAGGCACUGUGAGCCGCAUUUCCUACCGAACCCUGUGCACAGGGGUGAGGCAUGGGCUCUGCCACACCUGCACUGUAACGGGUUUGGGGAAGCCGGAACAGUGUUUGCUCUUCUGCCCUGGGUCAAACUCCCUGGAGCUCCGGGGCUCUGCAGCAUGCUCCUUCCUCUCUUCUUUCUUUCUGGUGACGGCCUAUGCUUCCUUCAGAAUAGAACAGUGAUUCUUAAAAUAGCCUAAAAGGGAAAACACCCAUGUGUGUGAACAUGAGUCACAGCCUGUGUUGUGUGCGCAUGAGCGGUGGGAUAAAACGUGGAUGUCAAAAGAAUGGCAGCCAAACCUUUGCAGAGCGGUCUUUCUUCUCCGAGAAGCACAGUAAGAGACAUCUGAAGACCGCGUCACCCAGACUGUCAAUAAAAGAAUCAAAAGAG